AUGUCGAGUGUGGAUGUAUCUAAGUAUGCCCAUAGUCCUGUCCAUGAAGCCAUUAUUUUGAAAGACUAUGCUGGUCUAAGGAGGAUCAUAGCAGGUCUUCCACGGCUUUGUGACCCGGCAGAGAUUCAUACAGAGUCAGUUUCACUUGCUGAGGAAGCUAAAGCUGACGCCAUUUCUGCUGUGAUUGAUCGACGUGAUGUCCCUAGCCGGGACACACCUCUUCACUUGGCUGUCAAAUUUGGUGACGAGGCUGCAACGGAGAUGCUUAUGCUUGCUGGUGCAGAUUGGAGCUUGCAGAAUGAACAAGGGUGGAGCGCAUUGCAGGAAGCUAUAUGUAAUAGGGAAGAAAGGAUUGCGAAGAUUAUAGUUAGGCAUUACCAGCCUGUGGCUUGGGCAAAAUGGUGCAGAAGGCUGCCUCGGCUGAUUGGAACAAUGAGACGGAUGAGGGAUUUCUACAUGGAGAUCACAUUUCAUUUUGAGAGCUCAAUCAUUCCUUUUAUUUCAAGGAUUGCCCCUUCUGAUACUUACAAAAUUUGGAAGAGAGGUGCUAAUUUGAGGGCAGACAUGACUUUGGCUGGAUUUGACGGUUUCAGAAUUCAGCGUUCAGAUCAGAGUAUUCUCUUCCUUGGUGAUGGUUCAGAGGAUGGAAAAGUCCCUCCUGGGUCACUUUGCAUGGUCUCACACAAGGAUAAACAAGCUAUGAAUGCUUUGGACGGUGCUGGGGAUCCAGCAACUGAUGCUGAAGUGCAGCAAGAGGUGAUUUCGAUGUCUCAAACUAAUAUAUUCAGGCCUGGCAUUGAUGUAACUCAAGCAGUUCUUGUGCCUCAAACAACAUGGAGGCGGCAGGACAAAACUGAAAUGGUGGGUCCCUGGAAAGCAAAAGUGUAUGAUAUGAACAAUGUGGUUGUAAGUAUUAAAUCGAGAAGGGUCCCUGGGGCCAUGACAGAUGAUGAACUCUUUAAUUCUGGCAAUGAAAAUGAAACAGAGACUGAGGAGCUGGACGAUAUUUUGACAGAGGAAGAGAAAAGGCAGCUUGAGGUUGCAUUGAAGUUGGACUCUGCAGAUUUAAGCAGUGAGCAUGGAAAUGGCAUUAUUACACACCGCAAUAGUUGUUAUGAGCAAAGGGAUAUUACCGUUGAGGACAUGAAUGGUUGUAGGAAUGGAGAAAUAGAGGAAAAGAAAGGAUGGUUUAAUGGCUGGAGGAGACGAGAAAAUAAACUAGAAGAUAAGAAAAAGGUUGGUCCACCAAGAAGUUCUCUGUGCGUUGAAGAUAAGGUUAUCAAUGUUUUGGAGGAUUCUCCUUCUACAAGUCAAAGUAAACAGGGUAGGCAAUCUGUGGAGGUAACUGUGAAGCGGGAAGAGAAUCAACGAGGACAUGACUCCAUAGCUUCUUCAUCUACAAAUUCCGAGGUUGCAACCCUCCGCAAGGAUGGAAACCGUGAGAAUGAGUAUAAGAAAGGGUUGAGGCCCGGUCUCUGGCUUUCUCCAGAUUUCCCAUUACAAACUGAAGAACUUCUACCAUUGCUUGACAUUUUAGCAAACAAAGUUAAAGCCAUUCGGCGAUUAAGAGAAUUACUCACUACAAAACUUCCCAAAGGGACCUUCCCCGUCAAGGUUGCUAUUCCUGUGAUACCAACCGUCAAGGUUUUGGUUACCUUUACAAAGUUCGAAGAAUUACAGCCGUUGGAUGAGUUUUUGACGCCCCCUUCAAGUCCCACAAAUGGAGGUGGAGAGAGCCCUGCAGCGAUGCAGUCAUCAAGUUCAUCUUGGUUCCAGUGGAUAAAAUCUUCUUAUCAACGUCCCAGUUCAUCUACGAGUGGUACAAGCAAUAUGGUUGAAAAUCAUCAAGAUCCAUUCGCUAUUCCUUCAGAUUAUACUUGGAUUACUGCCGAAGAAAAGAAAAAGAAAAUGCAGGAAAAAGGCAGGUUGAAGAAAGCAAAGAGUAAAAAGCCACAUUCAUAA